CCCGCGGCGAUGUCCGAGCGGCAGCGGCCCCGGCGCGGCCCCAGCCGGCACUCGGGGCGCUGCGCCGGGCCCUGAGCUCCCGCGGCCCCGCAGAGCCGCGGCCGGCGAGGCCCGGAGCGCCCGGCCGAGGAUGGGGAUCCUCUUCACCAGGAUAUGGAGGCUCUUCAACCAUCAGGAGCACAAAGUGAUCAUUGUGGGCCUGGACAAUGCAGGGAAAACGACCAUUCUGUACCAAUUCUCCAUGAACGAGGUGGUUCACACCUCUCCCACCAUCGGCAGCAACGUGGAGGAGAUCGUGGUGAACAACACGCGCUUCCUGAUGUGGGACAUCGGCGGCCAGGAGUCCCUGCGCUCCUCCUGGAACACCUACUACACCAACACCGAGUUUGUGAUCGUUGUGGUGGACAGCACCGACAGAGAGAGGAUUUCUGUGACUAAAGAAGAGCUGUAUAAAAUGUUAGCACACGAGGACUUGAAAAAAGCAGGACUGCUGAUCUUUGCUAACAAGCAGGAUGUGAAGGAGUGCAUGACAGUAGCUGAAAUCUCCCAGUUCCUGAAGCUGACUUCAAUUAAGGAUCACCAGUGGCACAUUCAGGCCUGCUGUGCUCUCACUGGAGAGGGACUGUGCCAAGGACUGGAGUGGAUGAUGUCCCGGCUGAAGAUCAGAUGAUUUUUAAUGAGCUCUUUGCACAGACAUUGCUCCAGCAGAGCUGUACCGGUGGCAGAGUGGAGGGGUAGAUGUAUUUAUACAGAACUGAUUGCAACUGUAUUUUCUACAUAGCUACACACACACACACACAGAUGGGGACAGGAAUUGGGAGCAGGCACAAGAGCCAAGGUGCACUUUGGGCUCCGGUUUGGUUCGGGUUCCUGGAGGAUCAUUCAAAGCUGUGACCAGCCUUCUUUUCAAGCUGCCCCUCGGAACAGUCCGGCCUUGGCCGUGGGGAGGAUGAAGCAAGAGGAAGGAGCUUUUAAUUUAGAGUUUUAUUAUCCCACUGUAGCCCUCUCUAGUGGAAGUUUUGGCUUCAUUAUUCCAGUAAAUCAGCGAGCGAAUCACUGGCCUCGGUAUUGACUCUCCAGUAUUUCCAAGGUUGCYGAUGUUACAAAUGCAAAACUCUCUUCCUGUAUGUGUACUGUACAUAUUUGUGUAUAUUUAUACCUCAAUCCUAGGUUAAUUGCAAUCUGCUCAGAGCAGUGUGUAAAGCUGAAUCAGUAUGUUGGCAGCAGUACUAAUCUGUGACAUGGCCAUGUCCCCGUGGCACGAGUCCUUCCCCUCCGUGUCCCUACAGCUGUAACGUCAAUCAGACAUUGCCUCUCCACAACCUGACAAACAAACUCUCUCUUCAGCCCAUUGCUUGUUUUUCCAUGUGUUUUUUUGAUUAAGGGAGGAGGCUGGAAUGGAYUGGGGCACACGGAUUGAGCUUCAAAUUCCAGUGCUGGCAAGGAGUUCCAAAUGAAAGGAGUUUUCCUGAUUUAUGGUGGUCAUCAUUGGACUGGGUGAUGCUGCAGGUCCUGCCCACUGCUCUCCUUCUCUGCUGUGCUGGUUGAUUCAGGUCUAGCAGAAGUAUCUUGAGCUGUCAAAAAGGGAAAAGUAUCUUUUUUUUCUUAACCAAAGAAGAGGCACAAAGUUGUGUUUGAAAGUCACACUGAAACCGGACAAGUCAGACUUUAAUGAGGUGUUUUUCACAGGAAAAGCUCUUUUUACUACACAAAAUGUGCAGAUAUURAAAUGUGCAGUGGUGGGGACAAAGCAGAUGACACUACUUGAAAAACUCCAGGUGACCCCCACGAGGUCCAGGACAGAACCUGUUGAAACCAGAACUCCCUGCAUGGUCCCCAAAGCAGUGGGAGAACACUAGGAUUACCUUUCCCUGCUCUAGCACCUGCUGGGAUGGCUGUCCCAGGCAGAAUUCCCACUUUAGGGGAUCCAAGCAGUUGGGAUGGCAGAGGGAUGRUUGGAAAUGUCAGACUCUGUGGGAGAUGUGUUGGGAGUACAGCAAAAUGAAACAAAACAGUUUAAAAUGUUCUUCCCUUUCUUAGCCCCUGUGUCUGGUAAGGAUGGAAAAGACAUUUUUAAGGCUUAGUUUGAAUUUUUUUAAGGUGCUUCUCUUUGGUUYUGGGAUAAUCUGGUCAGCUCCUGCCUUCCUGCUCACCUGCCUCCCUGGGAGCACGAGAAUCCUGGGGAAAGGAGGGGAGGCAAUCUCAAAAGUCUGUAUUUAACAAAGGCAGGUAAAGAAUUUAACUUUUUAAUCUAUUUUUGGUAUCUCCAAUGCUCCCUGGCUGGGGGAUCUGCUGUCUUUGUUAAACAUUAAGGUGUACAUGCAUAUAUCUCUAGUGCAUGCACAUAGAUCUUGGUAUUUAACUGGUGUAUUGCAAAAUGUAUCAAUGUUUGAACAAUUAACAAUUUAAUGCAAAGACUCUCAGUUUCUCUGACAGUAUCUACAAGCAACGAGCUCUGUGCACACCUGCAUAUGAAAUGGAAUUGUACAUUUUCUAGUCUAAAAAAAAAAAAGAAAAGAAAAAGCAGACUUGCUUCUAAACCCAAGCAUUUGGUUUUUGAGUCUUGUGUCUUCCCCGGGCUGAAUGUGCACAGUUUGGGUGAGCUGGGGUUGGUUGGUAAGAGAAGGAGCUGUUCUGUUGGUGGUGGAGCAGUGUUGGGRUUGCUGCUGCUUGGCUGGAUUUGUAGGAUUUCUCUGUGGGGUGUGCUGUGAGCAGCCUCUCUGUUCUUACACAUCACUUGAGUUGCUUUGACUCUUUCUUUCUCUGGCCACUUCCCCUUGCCGUGGUCCCCCAG